GCGAGAUGCGAGAGACCAAAAAAACGCAGUAAGAAAUUUUGAAAUCUGGAUCUUUGAUUCUCGAGCAAUGCCGUCGGUGGCAUUCGACUCCCGAUCUCUUCAGCUGGGGCUCGCCGCCGCCCUCAUAGUCAUCGGUUGCUUCUUCGCCGUCUCUUCGGAUCCAAUCCCUCCUCCGUCGUCGUCAGAGCCCCCGUUGAUCUCUCUUAUUCUCUCCCCAAUUCCUCCUUUAAAGGUAAAUCAGGAUUCAGAAAUAGAGUCGCUCUUACGUUUAGGUCGAAGUCAAUUACCAUACCGGAAAGUGGGAUGAACGUGUGCCCUCUAGAAUUCAACGAAUACAUCCCUUGCCAUGAUCUAUCAUAUAUAAGAAACUUGCUUAAAAGUUCCAAAAUUUCCAGAAAUGAAGAACUUGAAAGCCAUUGCCCGCCUGUGGAGAAGCGCUUGUUUUGCUUGGUGCCCCCACCCGUUGACUAUAAGAUACCAGUUAAAUGGCCAACUAGCAGGGAUUAUGUUUGGCGAAGUAAUGUGAAUCAUUCCCAUCUUGCUGAAGUCAAAGGAGGUCAAAACUGGGUGCAUGAAAAGGGUAAACUAUGGUGGUUCCCUGGAGGCGGUACUCAUUUUAAGCAUGGAGCUUCUGAGUACAUAGAAAGGCUCGGAAAUAUGACAACAAAUGAAACAGGUGAUUUGCGGACUGCAGGGGUGGUUCAAGUUUUGGAUGUUGGCUGUGGUGUUGCUAGCUUUUCAGCAUAUCUACUUGCUUUAGAUAUCCAUACCAUGUCUUUUGCUCCCAAGGAUGGCCACGAAAAUCAGAUUCAAUUUGCUUUGGAGCGGGGUAUAAAUGCUAUGAUUUCUAUUCUGGCCACAAAACAGUUACCUUUCCCCAAAAGCUCAUUUGAAAUGGUUCACUGUUCAAGAUGCCGUGUCGAUUGGCAUGAAAAUGAUGGCAUAUUGCUCAAAGAAGUAGACCGUCUUUUGCGACCAAAUGGAUACUUUGUUUACUCAGCUCCACCUGCUUAUAGGAAAGAUAAAGAUUUUCCAGUCAUUUGGCAAAAGGUGGUAAAUAUUACUACAGCAAUGUGCUGGAAACUAAUUGCUCAGCAGGUCCAGACUGCUAUCUGGCAGAAACAAGAAAAUGAGACAUGCCGGCUGCAGAAUCAGGAGAGGAAUUUAUUAACUGUAUGUGAACCCAUCGAUGACGCUAUUCCUCCAUGGAAAGCUCCAUUGAGAAACUGUGUGCAGUCGAGUACUGAUCAGUCAAACAUUCAGAAGCGCCCUCCUAGACCGGAUCGCCUCUCAGUAUAUUCAAGGAGCCUUGAAAAAUUAGGGGUUACUCCGGAGCGAUUUGAUCGUAAUAAUGCUUUUUGGCAAGAACAAGUCAGUCACUAUUGGAGACUGAUAGGUGUCAACAAGAUGGAGGUACGAAAUGUCAUGGACAUGAAUGCUUAUUAUGGAGGAUUUUCAGUGGCAUUGAGUAAUUUGCCCAUUUGGGUUAUGAACAUAGUUCCAACAACUGCAAGUAACACCUUGGCUGCAAUAUAUGAUCGCGGAUUAAUUGGUGCUUUCCAUGACUGGUGUGAGCCUUUCUCAACUUACCCACGAACGUAUGAUCUGUUGCAUGUUUUUCAUCUUUUUUCUAACUACAAGGGCCGCGAAGAAAGUUGCUCAGUAGAAGAUAUAAUGCUAGAGAUGGAUCGCAUCAUUCGGCCUCAGGGUUUUAUCAUUAUCAGAGACCAGAAAUCUAUUCUCUCGAGAAUCAAAACGCUUGCUCCAAAAUUCCUUUGGGAUGUCACUUCUCAUAUGUUGGAGAAUGAGGAGAAGCAAACGGAACCUGUGCUAAUUUGCAGGAAGAAAUUUUGGGCCAUUGUAUGAGAUACCCUCACUUAUAGUACUCCUUCACUCAACGAAUGACGUUUACUAUUUAUAAUUUUGGGCCAUUGUAUGAGAUACCCUCACUUAUGUCAUACUUGUUUGAGAAACUGAAGGAUUUGUACUUUUGGGCCGCGUGUGCUCAUAUUGAUGUGCAGGUGUAGAGAUUCUAUUUUCUCCGCCAAUUCAGUGUGUAUACUUUUGAUAGCAGUGAAAGAAAUCAUCGUUGUUCUUAACAACACACAGAUCUUUUGAUCCCAAAUCCGAAUAUUAGGUGUUGUGUAAUAUGUAAAACUUGAGUUGUAAUUUACGAUUCUAGGUAUAAUUUUGUAAUAUUUUACUACUUUCAUGAAUUUUAUCCAUGAUUUUGUUAGGCAUUUA